AUGGCGACCAUGGAUUUGACGAACGAGGUGGUCCGCCUGCGGGCUGAACUGGAGAAGGUCUCUUCUGAGCGAGACAUGCUGCUAUGCGAAGUCUCCAACUUGAGAAGGGAAUUAGAGCUCAGCGAACUCAAGAAUUUGCAGGAUGACAGACAAAGGGAACCCACGUCUUGCCUCCUUUCAAAAGCCUCCACGAUUCGUUGGCACUCCAUGUCUCAGUGGUACGGUAUCGGUAUCAAGAGAGAAGCGAAUUUAACAUAA